AUGGCCUCUGUCACCCGUUCCUCGCGGCGCGCUGAGGGUCCUCACCCGCAUCAGCAUCUCGCGCACCAUCACCUGACGCCUUCCACAGGCGUAUUUGCCCACGCACAGGGCGGCGCUGGCGGAGGUGGAGGGCGAAGCAAGAGGGUGCUCGACGCCCACGAUCGCGACCGUGAUGCCCUCAAGCCCAAGAGAACCCGAAUAACCGUCGAGAUUUUGGCCAAGGGCUCUCACGGAUUGUCCGAUAUCGUCCCCGACAACAUAGUCCCGCCGCCCGCGCGCAACCCGCGACAAACUGCGACGCCCACGGUGGCGAGUGCGACGACAACGCCCGCGACCAACCCUCCUCCCCCGACCGAAGUCGCGAAACCCGCUCCAGAGCAGGAGCCGACCCUUACAAAACACCAGAGCAAAGUCAUCAACGGCAUCAAACAUGAGCUCGACCGCCUACAGCCCCAGGCAAAAGAUACAAACCCCCAAGAACAGGGCCGCAAGCUCCGUUCCCAAGAAGCCACGAGGUUCAAAAGUGAACUCUCUGCAUACUUUCCCGAGUACGAUGAAGUGAUUGGGAAUGAGCCCAAAGAACAACACCUUUUCAACGUUGAUACCCCCAUCGUUGUCGUCGAUUCUGACCCACGACGCGCUGUUUCUGGUGCCCAACGCGCAGCACCGCAGCAACCCCACCCCGCUGACGAAUAUCCCGUGCGAGGAUAUGGCGAUGCCCUCUUCCACGACGUGUUCGAUGCGCAGCGCGUAGAACUCAACUUUCUAGUCCAACCCAAGGACAAAACGGUUGAGGAUCCUUUACCUGAUAAGCUUUUCCAGCCAGUGCAUCGCCGAGCUGAGAGAUUGGAACGAUCCAUUCGCAAUACCGAGAAGGGCCGAGCCCAGCAUGAAAAGGACCAAAUCAUCAGGCUGCUGGAAGGCCUUCAAGGUCAUGACUGGUUGAGGGUUAUGGGUGUUAGUGGUGUCACGGAAACCAAGAAGAAGACUUUUGAGCCAGCCCGAGACCACUUCAUCAAGGGCUGCCAAGCCAUCCUUGCCAAGUUCCGAAACUGGGUUUUGGAAGAAAAGCGGCGCAAACAGGAAAAAGACAAGGCUCGAGCCGAGAAGGAAGACGAAGAAGACUCUGGAAGUGCUGAGGAGGAGGAUGAAGCGGAUGACCACGAUGGUGCAAACGGCGACAUGAGCGACUCAGCGUCACCAGCGAAGCAGCUCCGCGAUGAAGCCAUGGCGAGAUCGAAAGCCAAAGGCUCAAAGAAGCGCAAGUCAACUCCACAGCCGGCGUCGACCAAAGCACCGCGACCCCCGAAGCCACCUCCGGCUCCAAAAACCCCAGAACCUCCCAAGGAGUUCAAGUCGUUCUUUAGCAAGAAGUACGAGCGCGAGAGCGCUCUGCACCGGCAUCGGCGUACAGGCAGGAAGGUGCUGGCAUGGGGUCACCCGAUCCCCGAGAUACCCCAGGUUGACUUUGAUUUGCCGGAAGAAUACCGUGAUGAAGAUACCCUCAAGGCCCGGGCGAGAAAGAAGCGCCGGGACCGGCGACGCAGCAAGCAGUGA